AUGAAGUUCUCUCAGGUCCUCGCUGUUGCGGCUGCCAGCCAGCUCGCCUCUGCCCACACCACCGUCUGGAACAUCCUCGUCAACGGAAAGGAUGCCGGUGUCGGUAACUCCGCCGGUGGAUACAUCGACUCUCCCCCUAACAACAACCCUGUCACCGAUGUCACCUCCCAGGCUAUGGAGUGCAACGUCGCCGGCACCAAGGCUUCCAAGUCCAUCACCGUCAAGGGUGGCGACAAGAUCGCUUUCCAGUGGCACCACGACUCCAACUCGGCCUCUGACGACAUCAUCGCCUCCUCCCACAAGGGUCCCAUCAUUGUCUACGCCUCGAAGGCUGGCUCUUCGUACUCGUGGACCAAGCUCUGGGAGGAUGGUCUGACCAACGGCAAGUGGGCCGUCGAGAAGCUCCUCGCUGGCUCCUACACCGGCAAGCCCGGCCAGCACGACUUCACCCUCCCCCAGCUCGCCCCCGGCGACUACGUCCUCCGCCCCGAGAUCAACGCCCUGCACGAGGGUAACCGUCUUGCCGGCGCCCAGUUCUACAUGGAGUGCGUCCACAUCAAGGUCGAGGGCAGCGGCACCGCGCAGCUCCCCGCCGGCGUCAAGUUCCCCGGCGCCUACACCGCCAACGACGCCGGUGUCCUGUUCGACAUCUACGCCGGCAAGACCAGCUACCCGAUCCCCGGCCCCAAGGUCUGGAACGGCGCUUCCUCCGGCGCCGCCGCCCCGGCUCCCGUCAAGACCACCACCGCCGCCGCUGCCCCCGUCAAGACCACCGCUGCCGCCGCUAAGCCCACCACCGCCAAGACCACCAUGACCACCGUCGUCAAGCCCGCCGCUACCAAGCCCGCUGCCGCUGGCUCCGUUGCCAAGUACGGCCAGUGCGGUGGCAUCGGCUACACCGGCGCCACUGGCUGCGCCGCCAGCACCUGCACCAAGCAGAACGACUACUACAGCCAGUGCUUGUAA